AAAUCCACCGAGGCUGUACGAAGGCUUUAACAUUAACUAAGCGCAUUGUUAAGAGUGAUCACCACUGUAGUUGCAGUGGGAGGGAGCCCUUGGGUGUCAGACUGUGGACAGGCGUGGCAGUGGGCUGGUCCAGGCGCACUGAGCGAUGAAAAACAUCAGGGUCCAUUGACUCGGGAUCAGCUGAGGCCCUGAAGUCUGACAAAGGAAACCUGCAGCUUUGUUGUAAUUAACCACAUCUGCCUAUUCUGAGGAUGGCUUAGGGCUGUGGGUGUGCCGCACCCACACAGAAGACACAGAAGACCUGAGGAUGCACUAAGUUCUCCCCACCCACCCCUGGUUGUACACCCACUGCAAAACAGUAGAAGAUGAGCAAGUCCCCCACUCCCAAAGGCACCCCGGUGCAGCGCAGCCCCAGUGAUGGGGUCCCUGAGGGCCUCCAGUCUCCUCAACAUUCCACACCUGGCUCUGGGCCCCAGCAUAAGAAGCGGAUCUCAAGCCUCCUUCAGAGUCCGUCAUUCAGGGAGGAGCUAGAUGUGCUGAUCCAGGAACAGAUGAAGAAGGGUGGCAGCUCAUCCAACCUAUGGGCACUGAGACAGCUGGCUGAUUUUAUGGCCUCACAUGGCUCUCCGGCCGCCCUGCCCGUCUCCCCUUCUAACAUGAUGAUGGUGACACCCAUCAAUGACCUGCAUGGCUGGGAGCCUGGCAGCAUGGUGAAGGGCGAGAGGUUGAUGCGCUGCAAGCUGGCCAGCGUCCACCGCCUGUUUGACCUCUUCGGCUGGGCCCAGAUCAACCGCACUCGUCUAACUCUGCGUGUUAGUAAAGAACAGGAACACUUCUUGGUUCUUCCUGACGGCCUGGCCUACAGCGAGGUGACCGGGUCCAGUCUGGUAAAGGUGAACAUCCUGGGUGAGGUGGUGGAGAAGGGCAGCACCAACCUCGGCGUGGACACAGAGAUUUUCAGCCUGCACUCGGCCAUCUACUCGGCCCGGCCAGAUGUCCGCUGUCUGCUUCACCUCCACACACCGGCCACUGCUGCGGUUUCAGCUAUGAAGUGCGGCCUCCUGCCUCUGUCCCAUGAGGCUCUGCUGGUGGGUGAUGUGGCUUAUUACGACUACAAUGGAGUCAUGGAGGAGGAGGAGGACAGAGUGGAGCUGCAGAAGAGCCUGGGGCCAACCUGUAAGGUUCUGGUGCUAAGGAAUCAUGGCAUUGUGGCUCUGGGGGAAUCUGUGGAGGAGGCUUUCUACACCAUCUACCACAUCCAGGCUGCCUGCCAGAUCCAGGUGUCGGCUUUGUGCUGUGCCGGUGGUGAACAGAACCUGAUUCUGCUGGACCGGACCACCCAUAAACCCAACGUAGCCGGCACCGUGGGCUGGGCUGGCUCCACCUUUGGGCCCCUGCACAAGAGCCGCGUCGGCGAGCAUGAGUUUGAAGCCCUCAUGAGAACUCUGGAUAACUUGGGCUACCGCACAGGAUACGCCUACCGCUUCCCUGUGCUGCUGGAGCGAACGCGGACACGGAGAGAGGUGGAAGUGCCUGCAACCGCCACAGCUUUCCACCAGUUUGAUGACGACGGAGUCCACCCGGCUCUCAGGCAGCAUCCCUUUGCCCAGCGCCAGCAGCAGGAGAGGACUCGAUGGCUCAACACCCCCAACACCUACCAAAAAGUUAGCCAGGAGCAAGCCAGCCCGGGACAUCGCAGCACUUGGUUGAAGACAGAAGAGGUGACACAAGCCGGCAGCACAUCCAUCAAGAUGGAGAAUCCAAACCAGUUUGUGCCUCUCUUCACCAACCCUCAAGAGGUGAUUGAGACACGAAACAAGAUCCGACAACAGAAUCGGCAGGACAUGAAGACCGCAGGACCACAGUCUCAGGUCCUCGCCAGCGUUAUAACAGUUGACAGUCCUCCGUCUCCAGUCAGCCCACCUCAAGUCCCACCCGAGCCAGAACCUCCCAAUCCCUUCAACCAGCUGACAGACCAGGAGCUAGAGGAGUACCGCAAGGAGGUGCAGAGGAAACAGGAUGGAGGGACCGAUGAGGAGGAGGUGGCAAAUGACAAGGAGUCUCCCCCAGCUACCUCUCCAACAAAGGGCCCUCCACCAAGCCACCCUCCCCUCUCAGAAGAGGCAAAGACCGAGUCUCCAGCCAUACAGAACGGAGGUGAGGAGGAGAAGCAGACGACGGAGGAACUGGAGAAGGGGAUGAAGGCUCUCACAACCAACGACACCUCCUCCACACCUGCUGCUCCGCCCGCCAAACCACAAGGUGGCACCCCAGAGGGCUCGCCCUCCAAGUCCCCAUCCAAGAAGAAGAAGAAGUUCAAACCGCCGUCGUUCCUGAAAAAGAGCAAGAAGCAGAAGGAGAAAGCAGAAACCUGAGGCGCUCAGACACACCAGACCUCGGUGAAAUACUACUGUGAAACAUUUCUUAGUGUAUGACGGAGUAGCAGAUGAGUUCACCACAUCAGAUGUAUUGAAACGCAGUCUGUUAAGAUGUCAGUCACAGACAUGGUGUACUAAAUUGCCUCUCAAAUACUUUACUCACUAACGCCGGUACUCACUGAUUUGAUCUAUGUGGUGAUUCAUCUUAAGCAGGUUAAAACACACUGAUAAUUAUUUUCACAUACUAUUUGACCCUGGUCGGACACAACAUUUUGACGCACUACUUUAUGUCUCUCGCACGCACACACACGCACGCACACACGCACACACACAGUCCCUGUAUUACUUGUGUCUUAUUUUCACCUGCUGUGCUAUCAAACCAUUACUUAACUUUACUGUAUAGGCAGUCAAACAUGUUCCUUUACAAACCUGGGAUUACUAGCGUGGUCCUGUCCACUUGCCACUCAGAAUUUGUUUCAUACCAUUUAUAAAAAAAUCCACUAUUUGCCAGACGCGUUGGAAAUUUAAGUUUCCUUAAAUUAUGCACCCCUUAUACAUGUAUAGGCACUUGACAUAUGUAUAUUGGCAUUCUAGUAUUUGUUCAUCAUCAUAGGCAUCUUCUCGUCAUGAUUUGGUUCUAAUUAUAUCAAGAUAGAUGUUGCAGGUAAACUAUGUGAGCACAGGUGUGCAGUACAUGUAGAAAUAUACUGAUAGCUACUGAUUGUGCUCUUCUGAUCGCUGGUGUUUGUGUAAAACUAUCAGCCUAACGACAUAAAUACAGCAGGGACGAGAAAGGGAAAAGAAAGCGGGGAAAAUAUACCGGCUCGCAACAAAACACAAGCCGCUAUAAAUGCCACUAUAACCCCAAAAAAGGAAAAGAAAGAAGCAAAGUAUUUGUUGCUUGCCAGUGCAGUUUGAAACCCAGUAAUAGCAGAUACUGAAGGUACUAAACAUUCCACUUUUCUCAUUUUCUUUCAAAUGUAUGUGUGCAAAAUGCCUCUAAACAGUUGUGAUUGUUUUCCGUUUUAACCAGUAGCUGUUAUCAAAAUGCUGACGUGUGAUGUUUGCUCAUUGUUAUAAUUUAUUUUAUAUUAGAAUGUGUAAGUGAGUGUUGCAAGGUUCCCAUGUAUCCGUCAUUAAAGAUCAAGUUUGAUUUAAACCAA